CGGGGCCGGGGCCGGGGCCGGGGCCGCGGCGGGAGAUUACCGUAUUUACCGAGGGCGGUGCCGGACCCUUGGGGGCGGGUCACUGCGGGCGCGCUACCGUAUUUUCCGGGAGCCGCGCAGACCCUUUCCGGGAGUGGCGAGCGCCGCGACUUAAUUACGUAUUUAUCCCGGGUUGCGUGGUUCCCCCCGGGCGCUGCGGGAGCGGAGGGUGGGUUGCAUGAAUUCCCUAAGGGAGCCGGGGCUGGCAGCGGAAUGGGGUGGGUUGCUGCAGCAAAGUGGGAGGCCUACAUAUUUUCGUGGGGGUGGGGUUGCGACGCAGAGUUUACCAUAUUUCUCCAGGAUCGUUCCGGCCCCAGGAGUUGGCAGGUUGUGCGUGGGGGUCGGGUGGGUGGGGUCAGCUCUUUUGAUUAUGCCGCUAUUUGAUAAUAACAGCGGUGCGCGAGGCUGGAGGUCUUUAUGGAGGUGAGGGAGAAGGGGCGCGGGAGGCUCCGCGGAGAGUUACCGUAUUUGCCUUGGGCAGCGCAGACUGGAGGAAAGAACCACUGCUGGAAGCCGGAGGAACUGGGGCGCAGCCUGGGCUGGGCCGGUGAUUGCAGCCGGAAGUGCCCAUGACAGAACUGGUGUCCUCUGGGGACGGGUCCCCUGCGGGGGACGGGGAGGAGGGCCUGGGGGACGAUCGAGGCCUGGUCAUUCACCACCCGGCGGAGGAGCAGCUGCACCGCUGCGCGCUGUGCGGCCAGACCUUCUCCCAGCAGCCCAGCCUGGUGCGGCACCAGAAGGCGCACGCUGGAGCGGGCCGCGCGGCCGCCUUCGUGUGCCCCGAGUGCGGCAAGGCCUUCAGCGUCAAGCACAACCUCGAGGUGCAUCAGCGCACCCACACGGGCGAGCGGCCCUUCCCCUGCCCCGAGUGCGGGCGCUGCUUCAGCCUCAAGCAGAACCUGCUCACUCACCAGCGCAUCCACAGCGGCGAGAAGCCACACCAGUGCGCGCAGUGCGGCCGCUGCUUCCGCGAGCCGCGCUUCCUGCUCAACCACCAGCGCACCCACGCGCGCAUGCCCGCGCCGCACCCGCGCCGCCCAGGCGUCUUCGGGGAGCGGAGGCCCUACUUCUGCACCCGCUGCGGCAAGAGCUUUGCGCGAGAGGGCUCGCUCAAGACCCACCAGCGCAGCCAUGGCCACGGGCCCGAGGGCCAGGCGGCCCAUUUAGGCCGCGUGCUCUGAUGCGCGGUGGACAUGCUGCGGCCGGCUGUUUCCUGCCCCAGAGCCGCAUCCGUGACCCCUCGAGAAGGCGCUGGGCUUCAGCCCCCUCUCUGGCUGGGAUCCCAGGAGACGGGGAGGGCUGGCUUGGGGUCUCAAAGGAGUGGGCUGCUGCCUGGCUUGGGUCGCCUCCUUCCACUCCUCCCCCAGGACCCUCCAGCUGUCUGCGUGGCUGCUUUGGGCCCCGGCUAUGGUUUUUCUCCACAGGCCCACCCGGCUUAGAGCAGGAGCUAGCUGUGCAACAGUACAAGCCUGGACCUCAUUUUGGGUUCUGGACCCCAAGACCCUUCAUCUCUACUGUAUCAUCGUUAAGAGAGGCUCUUACAGAUGUGGAGUGGGCAGUCCUCUGGGCAGUGUGCAAGGCACAUCUGACACAGAGACUAGGAAUGGAGCCUUGGGCCUGCAUCCCGAUGUGAGGACACGUCCCCUCAGAAGACCUACCUUGGGAGGUGACGGCAGAGGGACUGAUGGAACUGGAAUUGGAGGCAGGUUCUGUGCCCUGGUUGAAAAACUCCUUGGACUUGCUGGGAGACAUGGCCAGAGAAGAGCUGGUCUUGGCUGCCUGGCUGCAAAGGUCCACUCUCCUGCCUGUGGCAGCAGGGAUGGUGCCUGUGUGGGGAGCCCGCCUCUGCUCCUGCCUGGCCCACCGGAGACAGGAAGUGAGCUGCCUAGGAGAACACAGCAAGCGGUAGCAGACCUGGCGUCAGAGGCAAGACCUUCCCCCAGGUGUGAACACACGUGCAGGCUUCAGUCUCCUUUCAGAGCAACGUUCUUCACAGUUUUGGGGGCGUGAAGCCCUUUGACAAGAUGACAAAGGUUAUGAACCUUCUCCCCAAGAAGACACACAUACUCACAUAGACGCAAGAAUCUACGAGCAACUCCAGGAGCUCCUGGACUCCAGGCUGGGGACUAACCCGCCACUCCUUCCUUACCUGACACAGAGCCCCGGGUCAGGGCCUUCAUUCGAGUAGCAUUUCACCCCUCCAGCCCCACCCCGACCUUCCUUCCCUUGUUCAGGAAUAAAGA